AUGGAUGUUAAUUAUGAGUCGGACGAUGAGCGCCAAUUGACACGAGACGGGCAUGGAAGGCUGCUAGAUGAUCUUGGCAGGGUUUGGCAGGAAGCUGUUUGGGAUGAUGAUUUGAGGGCAAUGAGUCCAAGCGACGUGUCAACUGUCUCGUUUCCACGGGCCGUGCAUUUUCGUGUUGAUGCACCACAUGCUCCAUGCACGACCCCCUUUCUGCCAGACCCUGUUGUGGCCGGCCCUCCGAGGACAUACAGAACGGUAGAAUGUCAUAUUCAUAUCUGUGGCUUCUUGAGGGCGAUUCUUAGCAAGAGCGCCCCGCAACAGGCCCUUUGGGCUAUUUGCCUCUACUUACCUGUCAAAGAGCGACGGGCGCUCAGCUGUUUGACCGCCAGCUUCAGGUCUGCUACCACUCGAGUUUGGAGCCAUGAUCUAGCUGCAAACGAGCAGACUCUGCUGAGAAUUGUGCGACAAGACCAGCCUGAGUUUCUGUUUAGGGCCAUCACAGAUUAUGGUGCCUGCGGGGCCUGCUUGGGAAGGGUGCUCCUACAGGCAACUGAUAGUGGUAGGCUCUACCGUCGCCACCGUUGUUGCACACUCCUUGCCAGUAUGGGUGCAGUGAUUCGGCCUGAAGAUGCUGUCAAGGUGACAGGAGGAGAUGUCGGCUACCAUGAUGGCAUUUAUGUUCGGCGAGGCACACGCGCACAUGUGGUCCGCUAUGCAGGUCAGGAUGGCGUCCUUCAGUUACAAGCUCCUGAGGCGAACGGUGUUGAGCUGUCUCACGCUUUUGAGGACACCGUGAGGCAAUCUGCGAAAGCCUGGAAGGAGCACUAUUGGUGUCAUUUUGAAGAUGGGGGCUACAAGCUAGCCCAGAUUGCCUUUUCUUCCAGCCAAGUGCCGCCCCGCGACGGGUGGUUUGGAAAGCAGGUGCCCAGCGUGGUGCCUAGCAUUCAGACGCAGCCAAUCGAACCUGGAGACUUGCUGUAUUCGGGAACGACAAGCAGCGGCCAGAUCCUGUCACGUUCGCAAGUCGAGAAAUCGUUGUACGUAAGUUACUUCAACCACCGCACUCUGCAUCUGGAUCGCAUUCCAUCGCUGCCCCCUCAGUGGCGCCCCCGAACAGGCAGGAUUCCUGCACCGGAAGUUCCACUCUGA